AUGUUCCGAAAGACGAGAAGUUAUUUCAAAACGAUCGAAUUGACGUAUAUGGAGAAGACAGAGGAGCAGAAAGGCUUGUUUGGCGAUAUAAACAAAGACCUGAUCGCUACUGCUUCAAUCCAAACUGUGAAGGCGUUCCAGAAGAUGGCAUCGAAUAAUGGAGAAGAUAAUCAAACGACCUCGUCACCCAGUGCAGACGCCGCUUUGGCGUUAGUCAGCUACUUUUACUCGGCAGCGGCAUUCGGGGUAUCACUAUUCGCUACUUCGACGAUAUUUUACAGAUUUACCGGAUCAAUUUUCAACCCUUCCGUUUCGCUCGCGUUGUAUCUGAUAGGUGCGAUCAAACCGAUCAGAUUUAUUCUGGUGUCGGCAGCCCAGAUGGCGGGCUCACUAGUAGCAUUUGCGAUCUUAACCGGUCCAAGCCCCAUAGAAUUAGAUGUCAACGUUCAAUUUCAGAAUGGGACCAGCAGGACGAAAGGUGUCUUCAUCGAAGCCUUCUCGACAGCUGGAUUGAUAUUGAGCGUAUUGAUGUUAGCUGUUGUCCCAUUUAAAAAACACUUGUUCACCCCAUUCGCUCCUAUGGGAUUCGCGUUGACCCUGUUUAUCAUCGUGCUAUACUCUUCUCCGUUCACGGGUGGUGCCGUCAAUACGGCAAGAGUAUUUGGUCCAUCUUGUUUCCAGGGCUUUUCAGAUUAUCACUGGAUCUAUUGGCUGGGACCGACCCUUGGAUCUUUGCUCGCUACAGGCGCUUACGUCUUCCUGAAGGCCGUUCAUUAUUGGAAAAUCACGCCUGGACAAGAUAGUACGGGAGAAACACUUCAGAUCGAUACCGUGCAAGUGUCGGAACCAAGUCGGAAUAUGAGCGAGAGGAAUUCAAGGCCGCAAUCUGCUUGUUCGGACACUCCCGCUCAUAGCAUACAGAAUUUAGUCUGA